ACUUGCUGACGGUCGAGGGAGAUCCCGGAGGCACUGUAUUUCGUUUUUCCAAUGUUCAUCCUGACCAAAUAGAUAACAGCCAACGUAUGAUUACAGUAAUUGGCCUUGUUAGUAACUAUUUUGGAGAAGAACUCAAUCAAGAUGGAUAUUCAAUUGUAACUUUAGUUCAAAGAGUUAGUAGAAUAUCAAAUGACAGCAAUGAACUUCAAUUUAAUCAUUUGGACUUUAUUACUAUUCAUAAUACGUAA